CAUUUGGACGGACGCGAUCGUCUGUACCUCCCCCGGCGCGCGCGCUGAUCGGGAUACUAAGCACGCAGCCAUCGUUUUAUUGCACCCUCAGCUUCAUCUCUCCAUCCUUUUCUUUCGGUAAGGUUUACCCACAGUCGCUGUUUUUGUGUGUGUUGUUUUUCUUUCUUUGCGGCACCAACAUUUAACCAGAGAGCCAAGGAGACCCGCGAAAUCAUUGAAUUGACUGGGAAAAUAUAUUUCCAUCCGAGAUCCGAGGGUCUGUACGAAAAGAAGAGCGCAGCGAAAGGGGGUUUAUUCCUGACUCCUCCGUGCGCUGGAUGUGCAUGUAUGCGCCGAUACCGCUGCGACUGGUGACACGGACUCGGACGUCCAGCCGCCAUUGAGAUGUAAUUCUCUGGGGGGGUCUUCAUUUCACUUUGACCAACCAAAGUACAACACAACGGGGCCUGUAUGGUGUUAGGAACACUGAGCUGUGAGGAAAACAGCUCGCCACAAGACCGUCUGGACUCAGCAGGAAGCGCCGCCGUGUUUACUUCCAGGUCAACCUCAGACGUCAUGUGGACCAGAUGCCUGCUCUUCGUCUCGACCUUGUUUGCUCCCAUCGCCAUUGCCCUCGGCCGAGCCCCCAUCCCCAUGGCGGUGGUGCGGAGGGAGCUGUCCUGCGAGUCCUACCCCAUCGAGCUGCGCUGCCCGGGCACCGACGUCAUCAUGAUCGAGAGCGCCAACUACGGACGCACCGACGACAAGAUCUGCGACUCCGACCCCGCCCAGAUGGAGAACACCCGCUGCUACCUGCCCGACGCCUACAAGAUCAUGUCUCUCAGAUGCAACAACCGUACGCAGUGUGCGGUGGUGGCCGGGCCCGACGUCUUCCCCGACCCCUGCCCCGGCACAUACAAGUACCUGGAGGUCCAAUAUGAGUGUGUCCCAUACAAAGUGGAACAAAAAGUAUUCCUCUGCCCCGGCAUUCUGCGAGGAGUGUACCAAAGCGAGCACCUCUUCGAGUCGGACCACCAGUCGGGCGCCUGGUGCAAAGACCCGCUGCAGGCCUCGGACAAGAUCUACUACAUGCCCUGGACGCCGUACCGCACGGACACGCUCACGGAGUACUCGUCGAAGGAGGACUUCAUCGCGGGCCGUCCCACCACCACCUACAAGCUGCCGCACCGCGUGGACGGGACCGGCUUCGUCGUCUACGACGGGGCGCUGUUCUUCAACAAGGAGCGCACCCGCAACAUCGUCAAGUUCGACCUGCGCACGCGCAUCAAGAGCGGCGAGGCCAUCAUCGCCAACGCCAACUACCACGACACGUCGCCGUACCGCUGGGGGGGCAAGUCGGACAUCGACCUGGCGGUGGACGAGAACGGGCUGUGGGUGAUCUACGCCACGGAGCAGAACAACGGGCGCGUGGUGGUGAGCCAGCUCAACCCCUACACCCUGCGCAUCGAGGGCUCGUGGGACACCACCUACGACAAGCGCUCCGCGUCCAACGCGUUCAUGAUCUGCGGAGUCCUGUACGUGGUCAAGACCGUCUACGAGGACGACGACAACGAAGGGACGGGGAACAAAGUCGACUACAUGUACAACACGGAUAAGAGCAAGGAGGUGGCGGUCGGCAUAUCGUUCCCGAAUUCCUACCAGUACAUCGCCGCAGUGGAUUACAACCCCAGGGACAACCUGCUGUACGUGUGGAAUAACUACCACGUAGUCAAGUACUCGCUGGACUUCGGCAACAAUGACUAUCGCCCGCCUCCCAUGAUGCCUCCUAACCGAGGGGGAGGUCCAGUUGGCGGUGGAGGUUCCUCCUCCUCAUCUACCGGCCGCACCACCACCACUCGUUCCCCUCCCUACUACACCACCCCACGACCUGUCCUCACCACCUCCCCCGGCCAGCGCUUCCGGACCACCACCACGGUCCGCCAGCCCGUCGCGGCUCCGGCCGGCGGCUCGUCGUCGGACACCAACCAGAUCGCCGACACCAACCAGAAGGCCGGGGGUCGCUCCCCUCCGGUGCAGCUCCCUCCGGCGGUCCCGCAGGCCCCCGCCCCGCAACCCCAGGACUUCUGCAAUCCGAGGCUGAAGGCCGACAUAUCGUGGCCCCGGACGCAGCAGGGCCAGAUGGCCAAGCAGCCCUGCCCCGUCGGGACGCUGGGCGUGGCCACGUACGUGUGCGUGGCACAUUUGGGCUACUGGGAUCCCCGUGGCCCCGACCUCAGCAACUGCACGUCGCCAUGGGUCAACCACAUCAUGCAGAAACUCCGCUCGGGCGAGACGGCAGCAAUCGUGGCCAGGGAGCUGGCGGAGCAGACCAAAGGGCUCCUGCGCCCCGGAGACGUGCCGUCCACCGUGCGGGCCAUGGCCCAGCUGGUGGAGCUGCUGGACGUCCAGCUCAGGAACCUCACCCCCGGGGGCAAGGACAGCGCCGCCCGCAGCCUCACCAAGCUUCAGAAGAGAGAAAGGUCCUGCAGGUUUUUCACACAGGCGAUGGUGGAGACGGUGAAUAAUUUGCUGCAGCCCAGAGCCCAGGCGGCUUGGAGGGAACUGCCCACCAGCGGGCAGCUGCACUCGGCCACUCUCCUCCUCGACACGGUGGAGACUGGGGCUUUUAUGUUGGCUGACAACCUCCUCAAGACGGACACUGUGCUGGAGACCACUGAAAACAUACAGCUUGAAGUGGCCAGGCUUAGCACGGAUGGGAACCUUGCCGACCUGACAUUCCCUCAGUCAGAGCUCCAUGGAAACUCCAUCCAGCUGUCAGCCAGCACUCUCAAGCAGCAUGGCAGAAACGGUGAGAUCAGGAUGGCCUUCAUCCUCUACAGGAACCUGGGGGCCUACCUGUCCACGGAGAACGCCAGCGUCCGGCUGAGCAGCGAGGCGGUCUACCCCAAUUACUCCGUCAUCGUCAACUCCCCGGUCAUCACAGCGUCCAUCAACAAGGAGAGCAACAAGGUGUACCUGUCUGAGCCCGUGGUCUUCACGGUCAAACACCUGCAGCAUUCGGAGGAGAACUUCAAUCCCAACUGUUCGUUCUGGAGCUACUCCAAGCGUACCAUGAUGGGAAUCUGGUCUACCCAGGACUGUCGUCUGCUGGCCACCAACCGCACACACACCAGCUGCUCCUGCACACACCUCACCAGCUUUGCGGUGCUCAUGGCCCACGUGGAGGUGAAGAAAGCGGACAGCAUGCACGACCUGCUCCUGGACGUCAUCACGUGGGUGGGGAUCCUGUUGUCGCUGGUGUGCCUGCUCAUCUGCAUCUUCACCUUCUGCUUCUUCCGCGGGCUGCAGAGCGACCGCAACACCAUCCACAAGAACCUCUGCAUCAGCCUCUUCAUCGCCGAGUCGCUGUUCCUGGUGGGGAUCAACAGGGCCGAUCAACCGAUUGCCUGUGCGGUCUUCGCGGCCCUGCUCCAUUUCUUCUUCUUGGCAGCCUUCACCUGGAUGUUCCUGGAAGGGGUGCAGCUCUACAUCAUGCUGGUGGAGGUGUUCGAGAGCGAACACUCCAGGACUAAGUACUUCUACCUGGCAGGCUACGGCGUGCCUGCUGUCAUAGUGGCCGUCUCCGCGGCAGUGGACUACAGGAGCUACGGCACCGACCGAGUGUGCUGGCUGCGAUUGGACACGUACUUUAUCUGGAGCUUUAUAGGCCCUGCUACGCUCAUCAUUAUGCUGAAUGUAAUCUUCCUCGGCAUCGCUCUUUAUAAGAUGUUCCAUCACACGGCCAUUCUCAAACCAGACUCUGGAUGUCUGGACAAUAUCAAGUCCUGGGUGAUUGGGGCCAUAGCCCUACUGUGUCUGCUGGGCCUGACCUGGGCCUUCGGCCUGAUGUACAUCAACGAGAGCACCGUCAUCAUGGCCUACCUCUUCACCAUCUUCAACUCCCUGCAGGGCAUGUUCAUCUUCAUCUUCCACUGCAUACUCCAGAAGAAGGUGCGCAAAGAGUACGGCAAAUGCCUGCGCACCCACUGCUGCAGCGGCAAGAGCGUGGAGACGUCCAUCUCUUCCUCCAGCAAGACCACCACUUCGCGGACGCCGGGCCGCUACUCCACGGGCUCACAGGUGAGCUUACCUGCCUGCACACCUGGACGCUACAGCACGGCAGACUCUCAGAGUCGCAUCAGGCGGAUGUGGAACGACACCGUGAGGAAGCAGGAGUCCUCCUUCAUCACCGGAGACAUCAACAGCUCCGCCACGCUCAACAGAGGAGCCAUGGCUAAUCAUCUUAUAACUAAUGCUCUCCUUCGUCCCCAUGGUACUAACAAUCCUUAUAACACUCUCCUGGUGGACUCGGCAGUCUAUAACAACCCCGCCGUGGGCAUGUACAACACCCAAGCACCGUACCGAGACACAAAGGGUAUCCUGAACAACGCGAGGGACUCCAGUGUGAUGGACACACUCCCUCUCAAUGGCAACCACGCCAACAACUACAGCAUGGCCAGCAGCGAGUACUUGAGCGACUGCGUCCAGAUUCUGGACCGUAGCGGCGGCUACGGCACCCACGGCGACCACAAGGAGACCACCCUGGAGAAGAAGAUCCUCAAGGAGCUGACCUCCAAUUACAUCCCGUCGUACCUCAACAACCACGAGAGGGGCACCACCGAGCGCAACCACAACCUGAUGAACAAGCUGGUGAACAGCAGCAUGGCCAACGGAGGGAGCGUGGCGGGAGGCAGCAGCAGCAGCAGCAGCAGUGGAGUUGGUGGGUGCGUGGGCAGCGGGAAAGAGGACACCGGGCCCAUGGUGCUGGACAACCCCGCGGCCUUCCCCCACGAGGAGAACCUGGGUUUGGAGAUCAUCCGGGAGGAGUCCAACGCCCCGCUCCUGCCGCCGCGGCCCCCUCCGCCUGACAGCCACCCGCCGCCUCCACCGCCGCCGCCCAGCUUCUCCCGGCCGCGGCGCAUCGCCCAAGAGACGAGCGAGAGCUUCUUCCCCCUGCUGACCAACGAGCACACCGACGAGCACACGCAUUCGCCCAACCACAGAGACUCGCUGUACACCAGCAUGCCGGUGCUGACGGACCUUCCGGACGGGCAGGUGAACGGCUUAACGGACGGGGAGGAGGAAAGCUCCGGCGAGCUGCAGCCCUGCAAGAGCGCCACCGCUCCCGAGCUGGACGACGUCUAUUACAAGAGCAUGCCAAACCUGGGCUCCAGGAACCACCUCCACGAGCUGCAGAGCUACUACCACAUGGGCCGCGGUGGCAGCGACGGAUACAUGGUGUCCGGCAACAAGGACGAGUCCGACUCGUCGCCCGAGGAGCCGCCGAUAGACCCUUCCCACCUGGUGACCAGUCUAUAGAGCCGAUCGAGAGACUUCUAUCCCUCCCCAGCCCAUUCUCACACUUCCAACUUUCCAACGAAAAACAUUCUGUGUUGUUGACCGACGGUUUGAGCUGGCCCACCCCUGGAUCGAUAUACUGUGUGUGACAUUAACUGUGGGGAUUCGCCGGUCUGAUGAAAGCGUGAACUGAAUGUAUUGUCACAAAUGGUGCCGGGCGAAGGGGCGGUGCUAAAGAGACUUUUUUUGGGGGGGGAACAUCAAAGAGAAACGGAACUUUAAACCCAGGAAAGGAGCGGGAGGGAUUCUGUAAUUUCACCCGACCUGUUACUUUAAUACGAAAUCUUGGAUUGGCCGUAGCCCUACAAGUUCCCCAAUAUGGACCUCUAGCAGAUCAUAGCGUAUAGUCUCCACUUCCAGCACCACAGGGGGGCGUGGCCGCACUUGGUUAAAGAGGAGCUGCCUGUGUGUCUGUCCGUCUGUCUCUCUGUCUGACUCUUGAAGACACGUGCUGGGAUGACGUUUCCACCUCAGAGCAGGGUGUAGAACUCCGGUGUUCGCAACAUAAACUGGACUUGAAGAGGCCCCGCCCCACUCCCGGCCAAUCAAGUGGAGGAUGUACGAUAUAUGCCCUCACGACCGAUCAUCCCCAGAACUAUUUUAUUGGGCGACCGAACUGUAACCAUAUCACGCCGAUGUUCUGAAUUCCCCUUCACGUUCGUAUCUGCUAAACUGGAGUUGUGUCUGGGCUGGUGUAACAUUCCUGCAAGUUGUAGUGACUGCGGCUACUGUGUACUUCACUGAAAACAAAGAAGGAAGAUCAUAUUACAGCAGACUGGAUAAAAAAAAAUAGAAAAAAGGAAAAAAAUAAUGGGUUCUGUUUCUUCUCCUUUCCUCUGUAAAAGUUUUCAGUUGUCAAAGGAUUAUAAAUAAUUCACAAACUGUUUCUAUGUAUUGUACAGAAUACAGGUACAAAUACAAAUGUUGCGUAUAACCAAGUCUUUUAUUUCUUUUUCAAUUUUUUCUUUUUUAAUUUGCCAAAAUGUUGUCCGCGGAGCUGACGUCACGAGGAGUUCUGGUCGCGUGUAGAUGGCGUUACGAGCGAGGGACAAUUUGUCGCUCUUUCGUAAAUGCAGAGACGGAUACGCAUUCCUUGAUUAAUAUGCACACUUCAUGCUGGUCCUUUUAUAGCAACACCACUGUCAGCUAUUAUCAUAUACUUUACCACUUUGUAGAUGGGAAACUGAAGGGGCAAAGAAGCGGCUGCGUUAUGAAAGAGGCGGUUGCUAUGGAAAUGCUGCCAUUUAGUCUUCGCUGGAAGUGGGUAUCAUCUCAUUUGUUCUUGAAUAAAGCGUUUCCUUCUUUUAGGCACAAGCCUGGGUGAAGAUUUUUUAAUUUGAUUUGUUACCAGAAAUAGCAGAUAUUUGGAGCAACACAAGAAUGGUUUAUGAAGCAUAUCCUCUCUAUUGCCAAAUGUUCUACCAAUUGAUAUUACCUUGCUGUGCUGGUUGAGAUUGUACAGAAGAAGAAUGCUGAGAAUAAAGAAAUGUCAUUCUCAAAACUAAAAAGGAAGAAAAUGUCCGCUAAUUGAAAGAAUGCCAUAAACACACCGUAUAUACAGGACUGUCUCAGAAAAUUAGAAUAUUGUGAUAAAGUUCUUUAUUUUCUGUAAUGCAAUUAAAAAAUUAUUAAAUAUUAAAAGAAUAAAAGGCUUGCAAUAUUUCAGUUGAUUUGUAAUGAAUCCAGAAUGCAUGACAUUUUUGUUUUUUUAAUUGCAUUACAGAAAAUAAAGAACUUUAUCACAAUAUUCUAAUUUUCUGAGACAGUCCUGUAUAUAUAUGUGAACUGAAGAUGUGAAAACUCUGCACUCGGUAGCACUGUCCAAUGUGGAAAGCCAAUGUUUACUUAUUUAGGAGAAGAAGAAAAAAAAUCAUAAUUGUAUGAAGUGUAGCUUGCACAUAGCCCCCUCCAUGUCCCAGAGAGAACUUAUUUAUUUAUCUGUUUAUUGGUUUGAAGGCGGCAAAACAGGCUUGGAGGAAAGAACGCUAGCUUUAGACAGGAGUAAAUAAAACGGCACUGGGUUUGUUUUAUGGUUCUUUUUCUUUUAAAUUAUUAUGAUCAUGAUUAUAAUUACAAUAUUAUUGCUAAUUAUUUAUUCUUUUUGUAUGGGUUCCAAGUUGAAUGAUCUCAUAACUAAUAUUUGUUGUAACAGUGAAAGUUGUUUGCCAACAAAUAAAUUACUGACAUAG